AUGAUCUUAAUCCUGGUGAUCCUCAUUCCGGUGCUGGUGAGUUCCGUGGGCAUCGACGGACACUACGAGAUGCUGGGCACCUGCCGCAUGGUCUGCGACCCCUACCUGGGCAAGACCACCACCACAACCAGCGCCAGCAGCAUCCGGAGCGAGGGCGCCGAAAGCCUCAGUAGCGAUCACAGCGGACUGCCCCCGCCAUCCACCCUCGUCCAGGGGCCCCAGGGCAAGCCGGGGCGGCCGGGCAAACCGGGCCCGCCGGGGCCCCCGGGCGAGCCGGGCCCCCCGGGCCCCCGGGGGCCCCCGGGCGAGAGAGGAGAUUCUGGGAAAACCGGUCCGCCUGGUCUGCCCGGUUCGGGGCUGAGCACAGGGGCCAUCAGCGCAGCCACCUACACCAUGGUGCCCCGCGUGGCCUUUUACGCCGGCCUCAAGAACCCGCACGAGGGCUACGAGAUACUCAAGUUCGACGACGUCGUAACCAACUUGGGAAACAACUAUGAUGCUGCCACGGGCAAGUUCACCUGCAACAUCCCGGGCACCUAUUUCUUCACCUACCACGUCCUGAUGCGCGGCGGCGACGGGACCAGCAUGUGGGCAGACCUAUGCAAGAACGGGCAGGUGCGGGCCAGUGCCAUUGCACAGGAUGCUGAUCAAAACUACGACUAUGCUAGCAACAGUGUUAUCCUGCACCUGGAUGCCGGGGAUGAAGUUUUCAUCAAGCUUGAUGGAGGCAAAGCCCACGGAGGAAACAACAACAAAUACAGUACCUUUUCAGGUUUCAUAAUCUACUCAGACUGAGGCUGGAAAGAAGCUUACUGACUCCCAGCCCCCUGGAUUUCUCCAUGUGGCAAAAUUGGCUGCUGAAUCCAUUGAUACUAAUGUCUUUGCAUACAGCCAGUCUCCCUCCCUGGGUCAUAUCAAAGCAGAGUUGGGUCACUUUGUUUUUUCCUUUAGUGGGCACUGGGAUGACCCAACUGAUGAUUCAAUCACCAUCCCCAU